GCCGAAAACAAGCGGUUUCCUAGUUUCUACAUCCAAGUAAGUAUAGUUGAUCAUAUCAUUCAAUAACAUUUUGACCUAUGGUUAACUUCAUCUGCGGUUCAGUCAUGUCCAAUCUACCUUUGUUUCGUGACCCAUGGGCGAAGAGGGAAGCGUGGCGGAAACACCCUGUGUUCACGAACCGUGCUAUGUUUUCUAGCAUGUUUCCAGGGCUUGGCAUCGCACUAGUAGCAUUUACUGCGUAUGUGGUUGUUGAUAAUUUCUACUCCAAAGCGCAGCCAGGGGCACAGCAGAAGCACUAAGUUGGUUCGGGUGAUGUUGAAAUGAUUUACUGGUGCUCCUUGCAUCCUAUCAGCUAGUUGAGUCCGUGCUCGGUCGCAUAACAUUUACCACAUUGC